AUGCCUCCCAUCAACUCUGCUGACCCGCAUUGCCGCCCAUUCUUCCCCGGAUCCAUGACGGCCUCUAGCUCGGCGUCACAGAGCGCUUCUCUACACUCCAAGAUUCGCACCGCACCGUCCCAAGGUGCUAACGCUGCGGUCGCUUCCACCUCUACGCUAGCUCCUGCUUCCAUUCAAACCGCCGCUAGCUCAUCAAGUACCUCAACUUCACGCAUCUCCAGCAUCAGUCGCAGACGCACACAGGCCCUCGAUCUUUCUGCUCAGCCUCCCAUCCUACCGCGGUCCUCCUCCACCCCCAAAAGAUCCUCCAGAGCCUCAUCAAGAGCCUCUUCUUACUCAUCGUCCCACGACUCGACCUGCUCGUUGCGUCUCUCUAUCACCGACUCCACCACUUCUCUCGAAAGAACAUCAUCAGAGCUCACUCCCAAAGCAUCGGAUUCUCCUUACUUUCCGUCGACGUCAUCUUCAAACACCAGCAGCGACAUGUCCGCCAAGCCCAAUGUCAAGCGAACCUCUAUGCUCGGCGGUCUCAGCGUAGCCGAUCGUGCCAAAUCGUUCCAGACCGAGGCUGAUUCGGCCGCUCUACCUGCCAGACCCGUCAUGAGACGGGCGUGCAAGACAGAGCCUUCAUCGUCGCGGCCGUUGUCAUCGUCCGUCGCCCUCGAAGCUCUCGACGCUCCAGCCUCAUCGUCACAAGAAGUCCUUCCUGGAGCGGAGCGACACGAACUCGAAGCCGUCAUCAAACACGCUCGCAGGAUCAGCGUCUCGACUCCCCUUCAUCGACGUGCCAGCAGCGAUGUCGGCAUCAUCGGGUCUGCCGUCGACUCCAAUGGAAAGGAGGUGGUCCAGGACGGUGCCUCGCCCGACCACAUCGACCCUUCCACGACCCACCGCACUUCCUUUGCCGAGAUCGACCAGAUGACCGCAGACCUCAAGGCCAAGCGUCCGCGAUCCAAGACAUUGGCGCAUCCCACUCGCCACGGAAGAGUCGGCUCCGUGCUCAUGCACAGCAUCGCCGAGGAGAGUUUCCACAUCCGCAUGUGCUCUUCCAUCGAGACCAUUCGUCCUCUCUCAUCGACGUCCACAAAGAUGCACCCCAAGACGAUGCUCAAGGGCUCUCAAACGGGCUCGGAAGCCUCGCCGAGCCAUGCUGAAGACGGCGGCCUCGACUGGCAUCGCUUUGUCACCGCGAACUACAGCAUGCAAGCGCCGUCUGACUAUCGUCUCCCCAUGUCCAUCUCUGGUCUUGUGGUACCGGGACCGACCUGCGUGUGCAAAGACGACAGUCCUACGCUCAACGACGAGGCUACCUGGCUCGAGGAGGAGCUCGCCCAUCACAGCAGCAGCAGCAGUAGCAGCGAUGAUGAGCAAGAGAUCCGCCAGCUCAGCAGCUCGCACAGCGCUUCCCACCGGUCCACGGACGAGGACGAGUACCUGACGCCAGAGGGCAGUCCACUCCUCUCUCCUCUCAACGACACGGAACCGCCCACUGUCACGAUCAUGGGUCUUGGCAUCGAAGACGCAGCCCUGGCGAUGCCAGGUCACGCGCAAAAGGAUGCGGCCAAGUCGGCCGACUCGCUCCUCGAGCAAGUUGCUUUGCUCGAGGCUUGCGUGCAAUCGCUUCACAGACUUUCGCGCGGCGAGCGGGAGCAGGCCACUGCUGCCGCCUCGGCUGGCCGCGGCCGCACCCUCAUUCCUCCAGGACUAUCCACGCCUGAGCGUCGAUGCAGUCUUGCAGUACCCGGUCAGGAAGCUGCCUUGCGUCCGGUUGUCUCACGCGGCGACUUCUGCGCAACCCAGCUUGAGAACCCCGCACUCUAUGGCGAGGCAUCGUACGAUGCAACCUCGAGCCCCAUGGCCGACAACGGUCACGGGUCAACGAGCAAUAGCUUUAGCAGCCGCUCGCCUGACAACCGACGUGCUUCGGCUGCCAGCUACCUCUCCACCAAUUCGACCGCCUCCGCUGAUCUGUCGAUUGUGUCGCACGGCUCGAGUUUGCUUUACAAUGCACACCUUGCUGCGCCCGCCAUGAUGCGGCUCAACUCGACCGACACGGCCAUGAGCACGCGUCCAUCGUCCAUCGCCAGCAGCAGCUACUCUGUCGGACGUUUGUCCGUCAAACAGCCCAUCAGCCCAGUCCGAGUCAAGGCACAGCCGUCGCCUCCGCUACCAACAGAGACCUCGGAGACGCCUCAGCCUUCUGGAUGUACCCAGAGCGCUAUCAGCAAGCUUCCCGAGGGUCUGCUGCGUAUGGCCGCUAUGCCCUUGCCGCCUCUGCCUGAUGGAGCUGCACAGGUGAAUAAGCCUCGCUUUUCGCGUCAAGUACGUCGUCGUCGUAAGGAGGGCUUCGAGCAGCCUCAGCUUCCAGCGCGCCUCGAUAGCCUCGACUCGGUGGUGGCGGCAGCGCCUGGGGAGGUGCAGCUCAAGGAAGAGUUUCCGCAACGUCUCCUUGGCGACUGGAUGGGCUCCCAGCACGACGACGGCGCCGUCGAACAGCGCGACGGCAGCGAUGACGAGCACGCUGUUAGCGUCGAGCCGGUGCCUCUGCACGAGCGGAUCCGCAAGAAGGACGGCACUACGUACCUGCCCGGGCUGGGUGAGAUCGAACCGUCGAGUCCCGACGUCGGCGCCGACCUCUUGGCGAUGGCGUCGUUGAAGGAAAUCCCUGCCUACCCUGCGGCGCGCAAGCGCUUGGGUCUGGAGCCUGCUCCGUCGAUGCUGACUGCUACGGAUUCCUUCGUAGCCUACGCGGCAAGCGGCAUGAACAAGUCGACGGUCUCGCUCAAAAGCAAGCUCUCGGAUCGUCUUGGGCUGUCUUCGAGCGACAACGCAGUCGUCACGGAUGCCGAUGGCCCGAAGAAGGCGGAGGCUAAGGGAUCGGAAUCCAGCAUGUUCGGCCGCUUGCGAAAAGCGUCUGCUGCUUCCACCAGCUCGCGACCUUCCGAUGCUGCAGCUGCCGAGAUGCCUACUGCUUGGAAGGACCGCAUCAGCAUGCGGAGACCUUCAGCAAGUACGCGAAGGCCGAGCCUCUCUUCUCUUGCCUCAGUGUCGACCCACUCAUCGUCGACGUCGUCAGCGAUGGUGCCCACACCGACCUCGGCCGCCGCCCCGAGCCAGAGGAUGGGUUCGACAUUGCUGACACCCUCGAUGGCCACGGGAGAUGCAAGGUCGAGAUCCAGUCUGAGCUUCAAGAGGAUGUUCAGCUCCAACGUUGACUCUAUAGCCAAGCAGACCAACGCAAGCGACAGCGCUGUCGUUGACCUGACGGACGUUCGAGCGCUUGCUGCCAGCGCCUUUGAAAGCCCCAAGUCUACCCGACGACCCCUGCCCGGCUCGCAAGCACGCCGACAGCAGCAAUCGCACGAGUCGUUCAUGGAGCUCUCGGACGACGACGACGACAGCGUCGACGUGCCAGCCGGGCUGAGCGUUGCCGGUGCCAAGUCUGUCACUGACCUCACCUCGUACGGUGGGAGGUCGAAUGGACGAAAGGACCUGACCAAGAUGUUUGGCGCUUCCGAAGUGGAUCUCUCGCAGGCUACCGCCGAGGUCAAGAAGGGAAAGCGCUGGACGGCCAGUCUCAGCCGAUCGGCCACGGUCGCUUCAAGACCUUCCAGGAUGCGAUCCUGA